AUGAUGGACUACCGACCUAGUUUGACCCCCGAGGAACAGCGUAAGUUAGAGUUGCUACGACAUGCCAGCUACAACACUGCUCCCCGGGAAAGUACUCGUAUAGAGCGUCUGCCCCCUCCCCAGCAAGCGAUGAUAUCGCCGUCGGAACUGAGUCGCCUAAGCCUAGCAAACAUCGAAGCUCGGAUGGCUUCUCAAGGGGCGCUGGCUGCACGUGUUCAAGCUGCUCAGCAAGCUCAUGCCCAGGCUCAAGUUCAGAAUAUGCAGAUGAUGGGGCGUCCACAGCUCUCUCCCGCCCUGCUGUCCAAACAUCGACUGGCCUUUCACCCGUCGUCGCCCAUAAAGCAAGGCCAGAGGCCGUAUUCACCGCAAAAGCAAAGUGUCGGUGGCUAUCGUUCUCCAAUGAGACAACCCACCUACUAUAGAUCGCAGAAUGAAUUCUCUUCCUUCCCUUCUCCGGCUUCAUCAUUUCUUUCACCAGUUGAACACGCGCACGCAUAUCCCUCUCCUGCUAGUUUCCCCUCGUCAACUACUAGCUUUCCUUCUUCGGCGGGGAGCUUCCCAUCGUCUACGGGAAGAAUCAGAAGCCCGGCAGAAGGACUGAACAUGCUUCGAGCAGUAAGCUUGGGAAUGCGAGGAGAUCGUUCAGAAGGCCUUCCUCCCAUGUUAGCCCCUCCACUGACCUCUCAUAUGGCACCGCCCCAAUCACACCCACCGCCGCGACACAAUAGCAAUGCGUCAAUGGAUGACAUGUCAACUUCUACGAUACACCCUUCAGAGGGAAAGUUGUACAUUGACGAACUGCAACCUUAUGACGUUCUUUGUGGACGAGGUGGAAAGUCGAACCAUCACCCCGGAAACAAACGGUACCGACACGUCGUCAGCGAAAUGAAAAUGAUGUAUCGCAAAACAGAAGCAAAAGCGAUCAAAACCGAUCUUAGUCGUGCUAUUGUGGAACAUGUAUGCAACUAUGGAGGACGGUUUAUAAAAAGAGAAGAAAACUCGGGUCGAUACUAUGUACUCACCAAAUCUGAAGCCAGGAAAAAGACCAGCCAAGCUCUGCGGGAAACCAAGGAAUUAAAGUGGACCGCGUAG